AUGGGAUUUUUGAGUGGUGUGCUUGAAGCGGUGAAAGAUGAAAAUGAAGUUGAAACAUAUGAUAAAAAUGAUGAUCUUAAACUUGAAAAAGUACUAGACACCUUAACUAAAAAAAUUGGCUCCGGGCGUGCUGGGCUUGCGGCGUCUGUCGGCGCGGUGAAGGGGUGGUUGGAGGGGUAUGAGAGGGAGGUGGAGGAGAAAACAAAAACCAUAUUAAGUUGCGUUAGUGUCAUAAAAAAUAGUGUCGAAUCAAAUUUUAAUAAGAUUUCACAGCCUAAGAAUAACAAUGCUAAACCAAAUGAAUUUGUUGCCCUUGCCGAAGUUACGAACCACCUCAAGCAAUGCAUUGACACAGCUAUGAAAGGUACGGCUGCAGUUCUGGACGUCGAUAACUAUGGACUGAGGUCUUUGGAUCUGGACCUUCGUAAGAAGCUUAGAGAGCCAUUAAUGAAAGUUAAGCAUGAAGUUCAACGCUUUGGUAUGUCGUCGGAUAAAGACUUAUUGCAACUUGAGGAGAUGAAGAAAAACGUUAAUAAUACACUUGAAAUGUUGAAAACUACUUUGAAGCAGAGAAUUAAAUAUGAAGUGGCAUGCCUAGUGGGUACACUAAAACAGAAAGUUUGCGAUUUGAAAAAGCAGUUGAAAACCAUCAACGCGAAGUUGGCUAUCUAUGCAAGAAACAUGUACACAUGGAUCACGGAUGCGGAAAAAAUUGUUGGUGCAGUAAUAUACGAUGCGAAGGGAAUUGAGGACCAAGAUAUCGGAAAAAAUAUUCAGAAUGCGACAACCGCGACUGCAGAUUUUGUAGAAUCAUGGCAAUCGAAGUUGUCGAAACACUUCACUGAAGUUGUAGAAAAAGCACAGAAAGUUGAAAGUGUAGUGUCGCAAAUUGAUGCUCAGCUCAAAAAGGAUUUGGAGAGGAUGGAAGGUGCGAUUUUUGACCCUCUCAGUAGCAUUAAAACUCGUUCGCAAGCGUUAGAAUCGAAAUUUAAAGCAACCAAAAGUGCGAUAGAGAAAGCGAUUAAAAAAGUAGAGGGAGACAUCGCGCAACUUCAAAGUCUCGCAAAAUUUGAGGAUAUUGAUUCUUCACUUGGAGAUAAAACUAGGUUACUUAAAGCCAUCGGUGAUACAAGUAGCAAUUCAUUUGACACUCUAAAAGACUAUUUUUCGAAUAUUACCACCAAACUAAUGAUGCCGUUGAAGGAAGCUAUGGCAAGGAUAGGUGAAGGAGUUGGAAGGGUUGGUAAUAAGGUUAAAAAAGAUGAGUUCAACAGUGCAUUUGCGCCUCUUAGAUCUCAUAUAUUAGCUCCACUUCAAGAACUUCAGAAUGUUAUUAGUGGUGCUGCUAUGUCGUUUGAUAUCACUAAGGUUAGUAUCGAUGGUAUAGACAUGACAAGUAUACCUAAACUUACAGCCAGCAUCGGUCCCAAUAUAAGCAGUAUUCAAAAAUUGCUACCAAAGCUAAGAGGCCAUUCUAACUUGAUAACGCAAGAAGACUUACAAAAUUUUGUUCGGGAUCUCGGAAAGAUCCCUCAAGCCGUGUCAGAGCACUCCCAUAAGAUUGUGGAAACAGUAAUGACCACGGUGAAGAAUGAAGUACAAAAGGAAAUUGGAGAGGUGGUUACUGAAAUUGACAAAAGUGUCAAAGAUUGCAAAACGCUCGUCACGCAUUUGGGUGGCAAGGUCACACUCAAGAAAAUCAAAAUUGACGGAGAAGCAGUCUUAAGCGUUCAGAAGUUAUUGACUGAUUACCAUGACCAAAUAGAUAGAAAGCUUGAGGAGAUGAAGGAUACGCUCACCAAAAAAACCUUUAAGAAAAUGACGAGUGGUGGUAUUAACGGCAUAGAUGUCUCCCAAACAUUGACAACGUACCAUAGCUACAAAAACGAAACCCUCAAGCCAGCCGUCGACGCCGCACACAGCAAAGCGUCUGAAUUAGUCGCCCCCGAAAUCGACGCUGUAUUUAGCAACUUGUCUUCUAGAAUUAAAGAAAAUCUCGAUGCACUAUUGAAAGCCUUCGCAGAUACCGGCAAAAACAUCAAGAAUAAUAUGGAGAAUCUAAAAAAAUAUAUAUCUAAAGGUGAUGAUCGAAUUGGCCUUCAACAAAUUCAUAAAAACAUCUGUGAUACGAUAGAAAAUGAGUUAGCGACAGCAAUUAGACACGCCAACGCUUUCAUUUGCACAGACGCGGAUAAGUGUCAAGAAAAUUGCUUAGACGCACUCAAUGAGUUUUUCGACUGCGAAAUACAAAAGGCCCAAGACAACAUAAUCGCCCAAGCCGAGAAGCAGUACGUCGAUUCCCGCAUCCACGGCAUGAGCAUUCUUAACAACGUGGUUGAGAAGCAGUACGAGAAGAUUGUAUUUGUCAUCGGCUAUAAUAAAGCAAAUGGUGUUAAAGGUAUGUUCAACAUAUUGAAAGAUAAAUUGAUCGUCGAAGUUGGCGAAAUGAAAGACACCAAUCCGUCUCCACCGCAAUCAUCAAGCAGGGCUAAGCAGAAAUCUCCACUCAGCGAAGCCAGCAAACUAUUAAACAAGGGAAUCAUGAGCCUCGUGGGAGCGAUGGAGGAACAAAGGAAAGAAUUUGCUGAGUGGCCCGCUGAAUUUGCUGACCGUAGCAUAAUGUUCCCUGACUCCUCUACGUACGUGGAACUAUUUGCAACUAUGGACACCGUGCUCACUGGGAUUAUGGAUUCUAAUCACUUCGACCACAAAUUCACCGAUAACCUCCAAUCCCUCACCGCCGCCCUGUCCGCCUUCGCUCCCACCAAAUUCGGCGAACGUUCCAGUCCCAUCCUCCAGGCGUUCAAGGACGGCAUCAGCGGUUUGGCAAGGGAGCUUGACAAAUCCUAUGUCAGCACUUACUGCUGCCAACCCUUCGUCGCCACCUUGGUAGAACCUGAAAUCUCUACGGAGGCUGUGUGUCUCACAACGUUAAGCAUGUUCUUCCAUGAAUUGUAUUACCUGUUCUACCACUGCACUACCAAGUGGCAGGGAUACACAAUCGAUGGUAAAGACGGCAAGAACGAUUUGAAAGAUUUUCUGUUGAAAUCCGGUUAUGAGAUUUACAAUCUUAUAAAUAAGGAUCACGACGCUAGGAACGUUGCCUUACGUCUGAGUAGAGGCUUCAAUCAGAAAGGUGAAUUUGACAAAGCUCCCGAUUCAAAGCUUACCUUCGAAAGAUACUUUACGUCAAUUAGUAAAUUCCAAAAUGUAGUGUCGAAGCUUUUCGGACACCUGGAAACGUAUCUCUGUGUCACUCACCUACGCCAUCUUGACGGUGCAAAGGCGCCUCGCAACAUAUAUCAGAUGCUUCAAUGGUGUUGUGGGCUUCGAUAUAAUCCUAUGUAUGAAGGCGUAUGCGAAUACAUCCGAGAAUUAUUCCCCAAAGUCGAAAAAGGUAAAAAUGAACAGUAUUCCAACGUUCAUCCUGUUCUGCUGAAGCAACCUGCCACCCAGGACUUUAAUGCUCAAGACGUAUACUACAACCUUCAAGACGUCUGCAAACAAACUGAAACUGUGUUGAUCGCCAUACAGGGCCACGGCCACGCGGCUGGCCGGUACGCGGUUGACUUCAGCACUAAUGAGGACAAGCUAUUAUAUCCAAACAAGCCAUCGCAGUGCUUCGAUCAGCUCUUCGCAAUAUUAUGUAGGCUUCACCAGCAACUGUACUUCUUAUGUUCACAGGUCCACAACGGCACUGAAAGCAGCGGAUGGCGUGACUGCUGGUAUGGCAGAUACGUUGGUGGUUCGGCAUGGGACUGCAAUACCCAUCAAUGUGCUGACCAAAAGUGCAACCAAACACGUAACCAAAUACAUGACCAAAACGGUGACCAACACCCUAGUUGCGGUUUGAAAUCGCCGCUUCAGUCCUUCCUCGAAGAUGGUCUGCCAGCGUUCCUGCCUCAUUCAAUUGGCAAUAUUGGUUGUAGAAUAACCUGUAACAUGAGUAACCACUUCGGCAAACCAUGCAAAACGCCGAUGGGCUUUACCGAUAUUACCACCGUCGCAUCGCAUACCAUGAAAGGUGAGCAUCUCAAAGCCGUUCUACGACAUUUCUGCGGCUAUCAAGUUUCCGCCCUCAGCAAGCUGUGCGCUCAACUUAAUUGUCUUCUUGCCACCACACCGAAGACUUUGGAUGAUUUGUUCAGUUUCUUCUUCAAUUUCCUGUAUCACUGGAAUCACAGAGGGCAAGAGCACAAGAAAGAAGCAUUUAAUAAAGCAAUCAACAAGGCAUAUUUCGAGAAUCCCUAUGACCUUAAUCCCACUACCAUUCUUAACAGUAGCCAUCAUCACGACAGAUCCGGAAAUAAUAAUCAUCUUACUGGCGAUCUAUUUAGCCUUGUCUAUUGCAAUUAUGCAACCGAUGCAUCAGUGCGACCGUGUGGUUACUAUUUGAAACCACUUAGUGAGGACAUCAGCUGUAUAUUUUCCUAUAGAAAUGCCGACAAAUAUCUUUCUUGGGUUGUAUACCUUACCGAAACCUUCUAUAAUCUUCUUCACCAAUUGUGGAAGGAAUGUUGCGACAACUGUACGUCGCCUGGAUCCAAAUGCCAUGGUAAAGUUUGUAUCGAGAAUUGUCCAUUAAGCAAUGAGAAGCCACAAAGCAGCGACAACCAUGACCCAGGCUGCAAAUCCAUAGUGCAGUGCCCUGCUACUCGUCCUACAUUAUCGAAAUAUGGAUUUACAUUAUAUAGUCCACACAAGCUUACUGGCGCGGGGACGUUUGCAAAUCAGAAAAGAACAUGCAAAGAUUUCUGCGACGCACUGAAAAUCAUAGUUGGCGAAAAUUCAGUACUCAUCGAUUUACGACAGCGGAUCGACAACUUCAUUUGGACCAUCAGAGAACCGUUCACCUAUCUCGUCCUGGCACUUUGGUCGCUAUCUCUCUUCUACCUCCUCUGCGUAAUGGUUGGCAGACUGGAUGUGCUCCACAUACGCUCACACCUGAGGAUACCGUCGUCGCACAAGAUAACAGCGCAAUCAUUGUUGGCAGCAGCGCAAGUCGGAAGGCUUGCCAAGAUAUCGUACCUGCAACCGUGA